AGAAAGUUGCAGAACAUAUUUUAUUCCUGCCUGGACUAGUGGACUUGACGGUUUAUUGAGGUCGCAGCGUCUCCAUCACUUCUUCCUCUCCCUCUGCAGAUUUGCCUUACCAGGCUGAACGCUCAACACGCUCAACGCCAAAGGUGUGUGUUUUCGACGCAGUCCAAGAUGCUGGCUUGUACGGAGAUGAUAACCAUGUGCCUGCAGUCGGCCAAACGCAAGCAUCUACUGGCUCAACAGCAACCGCUGCAGAUUACAGGACAAGGGCUUCCGAUUUUCCAUGAUAUUUUCCGCCGUGCAGACAAAAAUGACGACGGCAAGCUGACGUUUGAGGAGUUCAACACCUACUUUGCAGACAGCAUCCUAACCACCGAGGAGCUCCAGGAGCUCUUCUGCUCCAUCGAUGGACGACAGAACGACAACCUUGACACUGAGAAACUCUCAGAUUACUUUGCUCAACACCUCGGGGGGUAUGUUAACGUCCUUUCCGCCCUGGAGAGCCUCAACAUCGCCAUUCUCAAAGCCAUGGAUAAAACUAAAGAGGAGUACCAGGGGGCCAGUGUGCUGGGACAGUUUGUCACCCGCUUCAUGCUGCGGGAGACCUCCAGCCAGCUGCUGUCCCUGCAGAGGUCCCUGCAGUAUGCCAUGGAGGCCGUGGAGGAGCAGAGCUGCCCCCAACCGAGGAAGGAGGUGGAGGCGCCAGCAGUGGCGGUGGUCCAGAAGGUGGGCCGGCGUUGUGGACGACGCGCUAACGAGAACCGCCCCUCCUCACCAGGGGACCAAGCGCCCUCCCUGACCACAGGUGUGAGUGAGGACGGUGAGGAGAACUGGUGUUCUCAAAUCAGCAGGCUGCAGCAACUGUUGGACAAGUUGGAGUGUCAGAGUCCCAAGUUGGAGCCACUAAAAGAAGACUCAUUGGCCGGCACGUACAAAUCUAACCUCCUGCUGGUCCAAAGGCAGGUGACGGUGGCUGAGGAGGAUCUGGAGGACUUCCAGAAGGUCCUGAAGAGCUACUCCGACGCCACCGCGGCCCACAGCGACAACCUGCACAUGUCCGUUCAGAAGCUACCGGAGAAGUCCUGUUACAUAAUGUAUGAGUUCUGGCAGGACCGCAUCUCCUGGAUGAGCUACCUGCAGUCCAACAGUAGUAAAGACUUCCAGCGCUGCGUCAUCCAGAUGCUUGUGGGUCCAGAGGUAGUGGCCACCAUGCUGGUCCCAGCUUCCUGGUGGAUAAUGACCAACAACAAUGACAACAUAAAUUGAGCCCAGAAUUGUACCCACUGCCCACACUUAGGACUGGACCAACAAACACACACACACACACACACACACACACACACACACACACACACACACACACACACACACACACACACACACACACACACACACACACA